AUGAUGUCUAACUUAUCCACAAGUUCGAAGAAUCAUUCCAAGAAAACCAAUAGUCGAGAACGUGAUAAAAAUAAAUCCAUCGCUUCAGAAUCUGGCGGUUCCAGUCAGUGUGAUACGCCGCCACUUAUUGAAAAGGAUGCGACAUCUCAAGGGAGGUUUGCAGGUGUCGGAGCAGACUCAGUGCUAUGCAUGGCCGAGCAGAUUGGAGCAGAAAUUAAUACGGAGGCAGCCACAAACCUCGCUGAGGAUGUUAGUUAUAAGCUGCGGCAGGUUAUCAGUACAAUCGCCCUUCAUAGCGAGUUGAUGAAAAAGUCGUGUGUGGACAGUUGGGAUGUUAAUACUGUGUUUACAUUAUCCGACACAAGCCCGGUUGUCGGCUCUUGUUUGCUACAGUAUGUAGCCGUGGGUGAAGAAAAAGUGUGCUGUGAAGUAGAAAAUCUUAUAAAUAUAUCAGAAUACUCAAUGGUAACGCAAAGUUAUGUGUUCUCAACACUGCCAACAGUCUCUGUUGAGUGGAUAAUAGAUGAAAAGUGUUUAAAUAAUAGUAGCAGUAUAAGUGCAAGCUUACAAAAUUAUUAUACGAAAAUUGCUAGAGCAAUAUUAAAUCUGAAAAAGAAACCGAAAGAGAUUGCAGUAGAAGAUUUAGCGACAAACACCCGUAUCGGUCCAAUAUUUCCGAAUCUCUUCAAUCUGGCUGUGUUAGUUCUUAAUGAUGAUAAUUUAAAUGCUCUGAAUGUACCAGCGAAGAAACCGUUGCAAUCCAAUGUGUUGGAUAUGGUCGAUGCAUUGUGUUCCAACCCAUGCAGUUUGGACACUAACAUACAACAACAGUUUCAACGAUUGUUCCCUGUGAUGGUGUCAAAUAUUUUGGGCAACGGUUCGCUAGCAGAGAAGAUGGUUGCCAUACUCACUAAAAUUACUAGAACUUGGCCAUCUUUUAUAGCGAUAGGUAAAGGAAUUCUUUUUGACUACCUAUCUCAAGGUACUAAAGAGAGGCUCACAGCUCCUAUGAUCCGAUGUGUACUGGCGUUGGGGCGACACGCGCUGGUCGAGUGUCUGGGAGAUCAUUUGGAACAUCUGGACGACUGUGUGCAGGCGCGUGUAGGCGGCCUUAGAGAGACUAUACUGGUGAGUGAUAAUAGCAAACAAGGAGGGACUAAAAGGUCGGAGCCCACAACGUAUUUGGAAGAUUAUGUUAUGACUGACUACACUUUGUACGAAAUGCUGGGAGACUCAAUAAUGCCGAGGAGGACUUUAUUUCCUAUCAAAGAACCAGUAUCAAGCGAAAAUACGACGAAAGAAAUCGCCACCGACCUAGAAUUCUCUUUCGUUCCAAUCAGACCUUUGAUAAGAAUACCAAAAGUCAGAACACUACCGAAAAUAAAAACAACAAAAAUACAAAGGGAAGCUUGUUUCGAAAUAACUAAAUUUAGUGCUAAUAAUAAACAAAUACAGAUAAAAAUAAAGAACUGUCGAUCAUUAGAGGUUAAGAGGAAAUUUGACAGAACUCAAACGUGUUGUGUUAAAAAUACAAGUGGUGUUAUAGCUAGUGGACUGUUAAAUAGAUUUAGGUAUAAAUUAAAUAAACCCACCCCUUUUCCAAUAUUUGGAGCUUUAACGUUGUAA